AUGGAUGUGUUGAAGCUGGCGUACGAGACUGAGAGGUUGGCGGAUAUUGUGGAAGAACGUAAUAGACUGAUUCAAACUAUUAAAAUAUCGCCAUCUACUAGCGAUAAUGAGAAAUUGACACAACAAGUACAGAGGACUUAUAAGUUAGUGACUUCUCUGUAUGAUCAAUUCCAGAGUCAAACUCUGUCACAGAUAGAUAUUGAUAGUAUACGGGAUUGUAUGGUAACAUAUCGAAGAUCGAUUAAUGACGUAGAAGAACCCUCGUUUGAUAUGAAACAGUAUGUUUUCGAUAAAGAGUUCAUGGACUUACCAACUAGCGACCCUAUAGAAUCAUCGACAGCAGAAGCUGUGAUACAGAGUCCCAAUGUGAGGAAAGUACGAUUUUCAGAUAAUACGCAGGAGGAUAGACCUGUCUCACCAGAGAUACGAGCUAGUGAUAUGCAGUUCAAACCAUAUUUUGAUGAUGAACAAGCGGAAGCCCUGCCAGGUGGAGGAAGUAGCAAUGUUACAAACGCCAAUAUUUCAAACAGAGAGUUGUUCAUAGAGCAACAGCAACGAUUCAUGACGCAGGAUAACGAUAUAGAUACACUUGCGUCAUCGGUGCAAAGAGCUCAUGGGAUCUCUCUGGAUAUCCAUCAUGAAGUAGAAAAUCAGAACAGUGGACUGCUUGCCGACUUAGAGAAUAUGGUAGACACCAGUGACAGGAAUUUGCAGAGAGCUAAGAGGCGACUCGAAGUAUUCCAACGAACAGCGAGAGAAAACGGACCUUGUACCACAAUUAUCUUGUUGAUCAUUAUAUUGAUCACUUUAUUGAUAUUAUUAUAG